GGUCAUACUCCGUACACACUCGCUUUUUCUAUACCACCUAGAUCAACAAAAACGAUGUUCGGAAACCUCUUGAUGGCCGGAGCCUCUUUCGCCUCCCUCGCCGUGGCCCAGAUGAACUCCACUGCUGCUUCCUGGAACUCCACUAUCCUCCCCGCUUCCACAAACGGUACCGUCGUCGCCUCGAACGGAUCCGCUGCCGUUCUCCCUGUUUCUACCAUUACCACGACUGUGUCGUCCUACACCACCGUCUGCCCCACCGCCGGUGUCUACACCGUUGAGGGCGAGACCGUAACCGUCACCGCCUCCACCGUCCUCACCAUCACCGACUGCCCCUGUACCCGCACUCUCGCCAUGGCCCCCGCAACGACCGUCACGUCCGUCGUCUCCUCCUACGAGACCGUCUGCCCCACCGCCGGCGUCUACGUCGUCGAGGGUGAGACCGUGACCGUGGCCAGCAGCACCACCAUCACCGUCACGGAGUGUCCUUGCACCCGUACCUCCGUCGUCUGGACUGAGGUCACGCCGGGUGCUUCUUCUGCUGCUGCUACGGGAGCUGCAAGUGUGGCCCCUGCCGUUGUUACUACUGGACCCAUGUGGACUAACGGCACUACUACUUGGAGCAAUGGAACUUACUCGAACGGUACUACUAAGUCUAACGGAACUACCUCUGGUACUGGGAUGACUGCUUACACUGGUGGUGCUUCUGUCAACACCGUUGCCACCACCGCCAUCCUCGGAUUGGUCGGUUUGGCUGCUGCUUUUGCCGUUGUCUUCUAAACACCC